AGCGGCUGGGGAGGGCGGCGUGGGAGAGGACGCCGAGACGCAGGGGCAGCCACACAGAGGUGACAAGCUGCGCACCUGGAAAGUUACCCGGCUGUCUGGUCCCUGAGCAACAUGGGAAAUGGUUCAGUGAAACCCAAACAUUCCAAGCAUCCAGAUGGCCACACCGGGAACCUCAGCACUGAUGCCCUGCGGAGCAAGGUGACGGAGCUGGAGAGAGAGCUGAGGAGGAAGGAUGCUGAGAUUCAAGAGCGGGAGUACCAUUUGAAGGAGCUGCGGGAACAGCUGUCGAGACAGACCGUGGCCAUUGCUGAGCUCACGGAGGAGCUCCAGAACAAGUGCAUCCAGCUGAACAAGCUUCAGGAUGUGGUGCAUAUGCAGGGAGGAAGCCCACUCCAGGCUUCUGUGGAUAAAGUGCCUCUUGAGGUCCACCGGAAGACCUCGGGAUUGGUCUCUCUCCAUAGCAGAAGGGGAGCAAAGGCUGGGGUGUCUGCAGAGCCAACAACCCGAACCUAUGACCUCAACAAGCCCCCUGAGUUUUCCUUUGAGAAAGCGAGAGUCAGAAAGGACUCCAGUGAGAAGAAGCUCAUUACAGAUGCCCUUAAUAAAAACCAGUUCCUGAAGAGACUGGAUCCUCAGCAGAUCAAAGACAUGGUGGAAUGCAUGUAUGGGAGAAACUACCAGCAAGGCAGUUACAUUAUUAAGCAAGGAGAACCAGGAAACCAUAUAUUUGUGCUGGCAGAGGGUCGACUAGAGGUGUUCCAAGGAGAGAAAUUGCUAUCAUCCAUCCCUAUGUGGACCACAUUUGGUGAACUAGCCAUUUUAUACAACUGUACCAGGACUGCCUCUGUGAAAGCUAUUACCAAUGUUAAAACAUGGGCAUUAGAUCGAGAGGUUUUCCAGAAUAUAAUGCGGAGGACAGCUCAAGCUAGAGAUGAACAGUACAGAAACUUCCUCAGAAGUGUAUCCUUGCUGAAGAAUUUACCAGAAGAUAAACUGACCAAGAUCAUUGACUGUUUGGAAGUGGAAUACUACGACAAAGGCGAUUACAUCAUUAGAGAGGGCGAGGAAGGGAGUACCUUUUUCAUUUUGGCAAAAGGAAAGGUUAAAGUCACUCAGAGUACUGAGGGCCACGAUCAACCACAGCUGAUUAAAACACUGCAGAAAGGAGAAUACUUUGGUGAAAAAGCUCUGAUCAGUGAUGAUGUCAGGUCAGCUAACAUUAUUGCUGAAGAAAAUGAUGUCGCUUGCCUGGUUAUAGAUCGAGAAACAUUCAAUCAAACUGUUGGGACAUUUGAAGAACUCCAAAAAUACCUGGAAGGGUAUGUGGCAAACCUGAACCGUGAUGAUGAGAAAAGACAUGCCAACAAAAGCACAGCAGUAGGAAAGAUGAAAGAAGCUUUGGCAAGAAGCCCAGUGUAGCUGCAGGAUAUUUGUAUGGAGAUGAGGGUCAAUCAUUCAAAAUGUUAUUGAAGAUAGUCUUAAGUGACUUUAAAGAGCUUUAAAAGCCAUAUUUCUAAUCAUAACCAUGUUUUUAUCUGUCUUUGCAGAUUAUAUCGUACUUUUAAGGACAAUAAAUAUGUGUACAUGCUUCUGGAGGCCUGCUUAGGUGGGGAGCUAUGGAGUAUAUUAAGAGACAGUUUGAUUCCUUUCCAGGUUGACUUUGGAUUUGCUAAAAAAAUAGGUUCUGGACAGAAAACGUGGACAUUCUGUGGGACUCCAGAAUAUGUAGCUCCUGAGGUCAUUCUCAACAAAGGGCAUGACUUUAGUGUGGACUUUUGGUCCCUGGGAAUUCUAGUGUAUGAGCUCCUAACAGGAAACCCACCCUUUUCUGGGGUUGAUCAAAUGAUGACCUACAAUUUGAUUCUCAAAGGAAUUGAAAAAAUGGAUUUUCCCAGGAAGAUAACAAGAAGACCUGAAGAUUUAAUUCGCAGGCUUUGCAGGCAAAAUCCAACAGAAAGACUGGGAAAUCUAAAGAAUGGAAUCAAUGACAUUAAGAAACACAGGUGGUUAAAUGGUUUUAAUUGGGAAGGACUGAAAGCACGGAAUCUCCCCUCACCCUUACGAAGAGAGCUCAGUGGACCCAUCGAUCACAGCUACUUUGACAAGUAUCCUCCUGAAAAGGGAGUGCCUCCAGAUGAGCUGUCCGGCUGGGAUAAGGACUUCUAACAGAAGACAAGAUGAUUAUUGCCUAUACAGAAGAGGACAAUAAGGAUCAAAAAUCUGACAAUGAUUAUUAUAUUACAGUAUCUUUUGGAAGACCAUUAGGGAAAAGAAAUCCCUGUGCAGGAGGUGGAGGAGAGUGGUAUGGAUGUGGUUCUGAAUGAUAAUGUCUCAUUUAGAUGUUGUGAAUUAUUCAUGUAUUCCAUUCUAUGCUUGUGUCAAAUGUUGAAGGCCAUCCCCUGCCCCUUUUCCACAAUCAAACCAUUUUUGUUGAAGUAGCAUAGUUUUCUCUGAAAUCUACUGCUCCCUCCCAGUCAUACUCUUCUCUUUUGAGUCAUAAUAAGGGCUUAACGAGGGCCUUGCCCUUGAGCAACUAAGUUCUGCAAGUAAGAGGAAGAAUCUGAGUAAAUUUUGGAAGAUUUCCCUAGCACUCAACAACUCUACAUAGGCAUGGUGGCAUCUUAAAAGAUGUUAUGUAGAAAUCUUGGUAAUCAAUAGUUCUUGACUUCUUUCAGCCUAGAAAUACACAAAUAUGCUUCUGAAAGUAGUCUGGAAACUGUGUGAGUAUUAGAGAGUGAUACUCCAUAAAGUAAAUAAGUCAAUUUAUCCAUUAUAUUCUAUUGAGAAACUUAGAAAAAUUAAACAAAGCAAAACUAUUUUUCUUUCUCCUGUGACCAGCUAUGAAUGAUACAUCAGAUAUUUUCAAAAACUCUGCUAAAAGUGGUUAUAAUUUAUGGUUAAAUGAGGACCUUUAGAAAGGUUCUAGCUGCUAAAAUGUUUUCACGACCAAAGUAGAAAAUAUGUUAAAAUGAAAUCAUGAAAGCUUUUCCUCCCUGUUAGAGAUAAAGGAGAAUAAAUUCCAAUAGGUAAAGUUAUGGACUUUUUGAAACUCUGAGCUAUUUUGGUCAAUUCUGUCAUUGUUGCUAUUAAUAAACCAAAAAGGGAUAGAGUGGCUACCAUUAAUUUUUAAUGAGAAACCUAUUAGCAAAUGUUGAUGCUCUGCAAUCUCUAAGGAGUUAAUGACUCUUUUUAAAGAGAUUUGAGUCCUGGAUGUGUUUAUAAUUACAUGCCAUUGAAGAAGUCACAGGAUUUUAGAAGUAAAACAAUACCUACUACUGAUUGCAGUGGCUCCUGCCUGUAACACCAGUGACUUGUGAGGCUGAGGCAGGAGGAUUGCAAGUUUGAGGCCAGUCUCAACAACUUAGCAAGACCCUGUCUCCACCAAUUUAAAAAAAAAUGUGUCUCAAAAUAAAAUAACAAUGAACCUAGGGAUGUAGCUCAGUGGUAGAGUAACCCUGUGUUGUAUCCCCAGUACUGCAAAAACAAAGCAAAAUGAAAUGAAUAAACACCUAGCAUCUGGCCUCUUCCUGCCUCCUCCUGGCAAUCUUCCAAAUAAUGAAUAGAACAUUUUCAAUAUUGUUGGAUACUAGUACCUAAGAACAUCACUAGUAAGUGAAUGUUUAUAGGGAUUGACCAUGAUCACUUUAUUUCCUCUUUCCAAAAUGGAUGGGAAGCAGAGCUUUCUCUGUAAUUUUUUUUUCUUUUACAAAUGAUAUCCAAAUUCCAGCAUUAUUCAAGCUUCUGGUUAUAUUUUUAUAUUAUAAUAGUCUAUGUGAAAUGCAACCUCCACCUGUUCUGCACACCUAUUUCAUCAUCCAGAGAAAGUCAGUUAUAUGUUUCCUGAAGACUUUAAGCCGAUAAGUGAGGCCCAAUCCAAGAAAGUGCAUCCUUAACAAAUCAGAUUUCCACACUUACAGUCCUUUUGCUGAACCAAAGAGUUUUUGUUUCCUGGAGUAGUAUUUUUAAAGAUUAUGUAUUGUACAUAGAAAAACCAUUUUUAAUAGGAUUAACAUAACCUGCUUAAAGAAUUUCUAAAGUUUUUAAAAUAUUUUUAUUUGCAUUUGGUUUGUAUGUACUAUAUGUUUUUCCAUGUAUAUAUUUUAAAAUUACCAACAUAUACAGGUAGAAAAGUUAUGUAUUGGAUGGAUGUUAAAACUGUACAGUUAUAAUAGCAAUGAUAUUCUCAAAAGGAGAUCAAAUGGUUGUAACUUAAAAAACCCUACGUAUAGAGAGAUAAAAACCUUUAAGACUACUACAGGUUUAUUUUUCCUGUGAUUGGUCAUAUCAUAUGUAAUUCCCAUAUGUGAUUUUAUUGUGUUUUCUUUAGAGUACUUUAUAAAGAUGAGGAUGUGAGAGAUUGAACCAUCCUAUAAUUCCAACUCCACUAUUUCCUAGCUGGGUGACCUUGGGAAAAUGAUUUACUUUUUUGAGUACUAGCUUUCUCACUUGUAGAAAAAAGGCAAAGUAAUAUUUACUCUAGAAGCUUGCUUUGGGGAUUAAAAAAAAGUAUGUAGAGAGUCCUUUGCCAGGUAUCUGUGAAAUAAUCAAUGUUGCAUUGAUGGGAACUAUGGUUACUAUCUCUGUGAAAAUUAAAGGGGCCUUAAUAACCAGUUAGUCCUGAACCUUGUGCAUCAUUGAUGUCUGUAUGCAAAAUUGUACUGAUUAAAUCCCAUAUCUGUCCUUGCCUUUUCUUUGAAGUAAAGAUGGUUAUCAAACUUUA